CAUCAGAGUUUUACUAUGGGUCAGACAUUACCAAAACCGGUGACUACAAAGCACACGGAAAGGUGUCAUAACACGUUUCUAAAGGUUGGCUCCAGCUCUAUGCAGGGAUGGAGAAUCAACAUGGAAGAUUCCCACACUCAAAUACUGGAACUUCCCGAUGAUCCGAGUGCCGCAUUUUUUGGAGUUUAUGAUGGUCAUGGCGGUGCAAGGAUAGCACAAUAUGCUGGCGAGCAUUUACAUAAAUUUAUUAUCAAGAGACCAGAGUAUGAAGAGAAUAAAAUUAGUGAUGCCUUACAACUGGGUUUCAUGGACAUGGACACUGCUAUGGCUGAAGAUGAAGUUUUAAAAGAUGAGGUUUCUGGAUCAACUGCUGUAGUUGUUUUAUUAAAAGAUAAAAAAAUUUAUUGUGCAAACGUUGGAGAUUCAAGAGCUAUUGCAUCAGUAAGUGGUGUAGUUGAACCAUUAUCAUAUGACCACAAACCAAACAAUGAGUUAGAAACCAAAAGAAUUGAAGCAGCUGGUGGUUGGGUCAUGUUUAACAGGGUGAAUGGCAACUUGGCCCUAUCCAGAGCUCUAGGAGAUUAUAUUUACAAAAAAAAUGACCAAAAAAAAUUAGAUGAACAAAUUGUUAUUGCCUGGCCUGAUAUUGAAGUUAAGCCAGUUACAAAGGACUUAGAAUUCAUUGUCUUAGCGUGUGAUGGAAUUUGGGACAUAAUGACUAAUGAAGAAGUUCUUAAGUUUGUGCGUUUCCGUGUCAGCAAUGGCAUGGAGCCCGAGGAUAUAUGUGAAGACUUAAUUACAAGGUGUUUAGCACCUGAUGGUCAAAUGGGAGGUCUUGGGUGUGACAAUAUGACAGUUGUGAUAGUUUGUUUCCUAGGAGAAGGACGUAUUUGGAAAGAAUUACAAGUACAGUGUUCUAAACCUUCAGCUGCAAAAUCAAACAGCCCAAAUAGCUCCCCAACAUCAAGUCCCAAAACCAAGCACUAGUAUUUUCUUGAUUUUCUUGUUUAUAUUUUAUUUUACUUUGGUUCUCACACAUAAUUUGUUUUUUGGCAAUAGAUUAAUAAUAAAAAGUAAUAUAGUUGCCCUAUAUAAAUCCUAAGUCAUUAUUGUGACAGCUUAUGUCUCUCGAAACACGGAAUUUUUGAUAAGUUUUAAAACAGACCACCAUGAGAACAAUUUGAACAUCAGUAGUCUAUAGAAUUAACAAUCAAUUUCAAGUUAGUCUGGCAUUUUUUAUUAAAUGUUUGGAAUAAACAGUUUUUAAUCAGGGUCAGGGAAUUUAACAAAAUUUAGAACCCAUGACCUCUUGAUUUAAAAACAACAAGAUAUUCUUUAAACAAUUAUGUAUUGGUGAGCAUUGGCAUUUUUGGGUAUUUUUUAGAUUA